CAACACGAAAAAGGAAAUAAAAGAAAAACAGAAGUAAAAGCAGAGGGAAAAUUAAAUCUCAGAAAAUACUGAACAACAAAGAGCGAAAGAAAAUCUAAGCUUCAAAGAAAUCACCAUGGAUGUGAUAAAAACUCAACAAAUCUCAUCUCGAUCGAUCGAGAAAGUGGUGGUUCAUCCACUAGUGUUGCUCAGCAUCGUCGAUAACUACAACAGAGUCGCUAAGGAUACACGUAAACGUGUCGUCGGCGUUUUGCUCGGUUCAACAUUCAAAGGCACCGUUGAUGUUUCCAAUAGCUAUGCUGUGCCCUUUGAAGAAGAUGACAAGGACCCUAGCAUUUGGUUUCUCGACCACAAUUACCACGAAGCAAUGUUUUCCAUGUUUAAGAGAAUAAAUGCAAAGGAGCAUGUGGUGGGGUGGUAUAGCACUGGUCCAAAACUGCGUGAAAAUGACCUCGACAUUCAUGGGUUAUUUAAUGACUAUGUUCCAAAUCCUGUGUUGGUUAUAAUUGAUGUUGAACCUAAGGAGUUGGGAAUUCCAACAAAAGCAUACUAUGCUGUUGAGGAGGUUAAAGAGAAUGCUACUCAGAAAAGCCAAAAGGUCUUUGUUCAUGUGCAAUCAGAGAUUGCUGCUCAUGAGGUUGAGGAAAUAGGAGUGGAACACUUGCUUAGGGAUGUGAAGGAUACAACCAUUAGCACCCUCGCAACCGAGGUGAGUGGAAAACUUACAGCCUUGAAAGGUUUGGAUGCAAGACUUAAAGAGAUAAGGAGUUACCUUGAUCUUGUUAUUGAUGAAAAGCUUCCCUUAAACCAUGAGAUCCUAUACCAUCUACAGGAUGUGUUCAACCUGCUACCAAAUCUUAAUGUCACCGAUCUUAUCAAGGCUUUUGCAGUGAAAACCAAUGAUAUGAUGCUGGUAAUAUACCUGUCAUCUCUCAUUAGAAGUGUAAUUGCACUCCACAACUUGAUUAACAACAAGAUGCUCAACAAAGAACAUGAAAGGGCAGAAGACUCAAAACCUGCACCAGUAUCACGUGCAGCUGCAUAAGGGUUUUUUAGGGUUGUGAUGCUUUGAGCUCUAAAGGCACCAUGAAUGAUUCCAUAGACCGGGAUUCUUACAACUUAAUCGCUUUUGUCGGUCUUCUCAAGCAUUUCUGUAGGGUAGAGAAUUACAUGUAACAUGGCAUAAUGAUGCUCUUACAUCAAUUCCCGUGCACUUUAUUUAUGUAUGUUACUCUUCUAUUCUAUGAUCAUUUUCUUAGUUUAGUA